AUGGGCGAGGCGGACUGGAUCUGGCUGAAUGAUUCCAAGGCGGUUUCGGAUCUGCUGGACAAGAGAGGAGCGAAGUACUCUUCGCGUCCUCCCAUGCCUAUGUUCAUGGAUGCUGGCUCCAAUGGCAACCGUCAACCCUUCAUGCCGUAUAAUGAGAAAUGGAGAAAGGUCCGCAAGCUAAGCCACGCAGCUCUGAAUGCCAAUGCCAUCGCUUCAUAUAAGCCGGUCCAGGACCUCGAGUCUAAGCAAGUGCUGUAUGACACAUUGCACGCAAAAGAUGACACGGCUGUGUACGAUAUCAAUCGACGAUACUCUACAAGUGUGAUCAUGACUGUUGCCUAUGGUCAUCGAGUCCCCGAUUGGAGUGACCCGUGGAUCCAGAAGAUCUUCCAAAUCAUGGAGCAUGCGACUAUCAUGGCAGAGCCAGGCAAAUGGCUUGUUGAUGUCUUCCCGUCUCUAGCUAAAUUGCCGCCGUGGAUGGUGCAAAAUUGGUGGGCAAUUGGCCGCAAAUGGUUUGAGUGGGAUCGCGAGGUUUUCAUUAGUCUGUACCGAGAUAUUAUCCAGAAGUACAACGAAGGAACCGCUCCGAAUUGUUUCGUGCGCGACUUCUAUGCCUCUGAUCCAGAAAGUCAAGGCAUCGACGAAGAGGUUGCCGCUUACACCGCUGGCACACUGAUCGAAGGUGGAAGCGAGACCACUUCCACCAUGCUCAACGUUUGGGUGCUGGCUUGCCAGCUCUACCCUGAUCCUGUGAAGAUAGCCCAGGCAGAACUCGACCGCGUUGUUGGUAGCGACAGGUUGCCAUCAUUCGAAGACAGGGAGAAUUUGCCAUACAUCUCAGCAAUGGUCGAGGAGACCCUGCGAUGGUGGCCUAUCACCAAGGUCGGCUUCUUCCAUGCCGCUACGGAAGAUGACUGGUACGAUGGCUUCUUCAUCCCAAAAAACGCUGUGCUGGUUUUGAACUGGUGGUAA